CUGUCCGGCCGCCCCUCCUCAGACGCGGCUGCAGUUUUUAAACCUCAACUGUAACUUCGCUGCCGUCGCCGCCCGAGUCGCCUCGUCACCGCUGUCGCCUGUCCCGUCCGAGGAGAAGGGUCCUGUGGUCCGCGGAGCCCAGCGCGCCCUGCGCGUCGCCGAGUGGAGUCGGUAAAAAGUAAGUGUCUGGAAAAGCUUAUCUUCGAGUCAUCUAAUAUGGCACGGAGAAGAUUUGAUUGCCGAAGUAUUUCAGGCAUGCUAACAACAGCUCCCCAAACUCUGAUCAAAACGGAAAACUUUAAUAACUUCUAUACACUUACAUCUAAAGAGCUUGGAAGAGGAAAAUUUGCUGUGGUUAGACAGUGUAUAUCAAAAUCUACUGGCCAAGAAUAUGCUGCAAAAUUUCUCAAAAAGAGAAGACGAGGACAAGAUUGUCGAGCAGAAAUUCUGCAUGAGAUUGCUGUGCUUGAACUGGCAAAGUCUUGUCCCCAUGUGAUUAAUCUUCAUGAGGUCUAUGAAAAUACAAGUGAGAUCAUUUUGAUAUUGGAAUAUGCUGCAGGAGGAGAAAUUUUCAACCUAUGUUUACCUGAGUUGGCUGAAAUGGUCUCUGAAAAUGACAUUAUCAGACUCAUUAAACAAAUACUUGAAGGAGUUUGUUAUCUACAUCAGAAUAACAUUGUACACCUUGAUUUGAAGCCACAGAAUAUAUUAUUAAGCAGCAUAUAUCCUCUUGGAGACAUAAAAAUUGUAGAUUUUGGAAUGUCUCGAAAAAUUGGGAAUGCGUGUGAACUUCGGGAGAUCAUGGGAACUCCAGAAUACCUAGCUCCAGAAAUCCUGAACUAUGAUCCCAUCACGACAGCAACAGAUAUGUGGAAUAUUGGUAUAAUUGCUUAUAUGUUGCUAACUCAUACAUCACCAUUUCUGGGAGAAGAUAAUCAAGAAACAUAUCUUAAUAUUUCUCAAGUUAAUGUAGAUUAUUCAGAAGAAACUUUUUCAUCAGUUUCACAGCUGGCCACAGACUUCAUCCAGAGCCUUCUAGUUAAAAAUCCAGAGAAAAGACCCAGUGCGGAAACCUGCCUUGCUCACUCUUGGCUGCAGCAGUGGGAUUUUGGAAGCUUGUUUCACCCUGAAGAAACUUCCAGUCCCUCUCCCGUUCAGGAUCAUCCAGUGAGGUCCUCGGAAGAUAAGACUUCGAAAUCCUCUUGUAAUGGAACCUGUGGUGACCGGGAAGACAAAGAGAACAUCCCUGAGGAAGGCAGCAUGGUUUCCAAAAGAUUUCGCUUCGAUGACUCUUUGCCCAGUCCGCAUGAACUUGUUUCCGAUUUGCUGUGUUAGCACUUUUCUCUCUGACUCAUUUGGACUUACUUUGAAAUUUGAAAUCCACUCCAGUGAGAUUGUGGGUUGUAGCUUCAUAUACGAUAUGUUUAUAUUGUAAAUGCACUUUUGCAUAGAAAAAUUUAAGAAAGUGUUUUAAUGCAAAAUUUUUAGUGCUAGCAUAAUAUUAUUUCCUGUCUUGAGAUAUCUCCAUAGAGAAAAAUAUUUAAAUGUAUGACAAAAGAAUUAAAAUUAUACAUGUGAGUUCACAUGUUAAUGAAUAAAUUCAAGUUCAGAUGAACUUUAAAAUUUUUUUUACAUAUCAGAAAAAAAGUGGUUUGAGUUAUAUUGUUGUAAACUGAGCAAAAUGAAGACAUUUGGACUGAGUAAAUUCUGUCCCUAAGGUGAGCCCUAUACGCCGACUCUGCUGACUUAAUUUAUUUAGGAAAACAGUAUCAGUUUUAAGCCAAAAUACCGAUGCCCCAGGGACACUUUACAACUGAAAAUGUUUUUCCAUUACAAAUAUUUUAAAGCUGCCUUUAGAUUUCUAUUGUAUGUGAUUUGCUAUGUGAAAGAGAUUCUUUAACCCAGAGGGAGCUGGAAGACGGACAGAGAUUUCUCUGAACACUGUGGCAUGUCUUCAUUUUUAACUCUGCUGUCUUUGGGCUGUUCUUAACAUGCUUCAGAUCUAAAGAGGUCUGGAAGGUGGAGAACUCAAGGUAUGCAAGAACCUCUGGAGGUUCUUCAGCCUCUGGGAUUUCUAGAGUACAAGACACUCAGGUGAAACUAAACAUGAUCGAUUUUUAGCCAGAUGUAUUAAUUGAGCAUAAAAGAAAAUGUUGAUAGACUCAGGCAGCUUAUUCAGUUUUAGAUGUUUCCUAAGGCUUAGAAUACAGAGCUCUAAAGUGCAUAAAAAACCCACAACGCCACUAUCCACAGAAGCAAGGCCGACCUGACUGGAGAAGUUCUUUCGUGAAAUUCCUGGUGAGCACAGAGCCUUUAGUAAAGGGGUCUUUGCUGGGAGCAGCACAAGUCGGGUCAGAGAGAGCGGGAGGCCUAGGCUGUGGCCAGUAACUAGUUCAGUCCCGAAUGGGUUGUCUUUGAUGGAUUUCUACCUGGCAAUCAUGGAAAAGUUCAUUACAAUGUGGUGUAAAGGUAACAGUGAUCUCAUGACCACAUGAUUACGUCAAACUGCAUGUUAUACAUUAACAAAGCAAAAGCAGCCUCAGAUUUCCCUAGGAGUUAGAUAUUACUCUAUAGACCUGUACAUUCUAGAAAUUUUGAUGACUUCAAAUUCGUCAGAUAACUUUAUUAUUUAAUAAUCAUGGCUUAUUUUGACUAAGUGGCAAAUUCUUGUGACACCUUCAGCACAAAGGAAAAGUUGUUUCUACUGUGUGCACAUUUGUGUAUAUGUAUAUGUGUAGGUAUAUAUGUAUAGAUAGACAGAUACAGUCUUUAAAUGAUUUUUUAGGCAAUCUUUGCUCUACAAUAUUGUGCUCAACUCAGGUGACAAAGGAGCUCUCUUCGUGAAUAAGAAAUGUAUAAAUAGGUUCUUUAAGAAGUGGUUUGUUGGUUCAGUAGACACUGCAGCUAAAGUGAGCUCUUGUAUGUCUACAACUGAUGAGUUCUUUCUCAAUUUUUUAUUAUUUGCCUUCAGUAUUAAGUAAUGCAAGUAAACCUUAGCAAGUCAGUAGAGAAUGAGGAAAUGAUUACUUUUCUAAAAGACCAUUGUUAUAUUUUUAAAUUUUUACAGGAAUUAUGUCAUAAGAAACAAUAAAAAUGAAGAAUGAUUGAAUUUGGAAAUAUAAGCUACUUCUUAAAAAUCAUUUUAUAGUCUCUUUUUUUUUCCUCUGAGGAAUCUUAAAACAGUUUACAUGUUUCCCCUUAGUUAAUGGAAUACAGAAUUGUAUAAAUUUCCACAGAAGUAAUAUUGUUUUAUUAUAAAGAAAGCAACUAGCAGAAUAAGAAAGCACAAAGGAUAUAAAAACCAUCUUUUGAGAAAGAUGAAUUUAAAUAUUUUCACUGACUGAAAUGUGACAAUAAACCAACCCUUCAAGAGAA